GACCACGGUUACCACAGGAUGACGGGACAUGGUGAACAAGGGCUGCACGGGUCGAGUGCCGACACCAUAUAAUGGUUUUGAUCCACUAUUCCAUCCUUGACGGCGGGCUGAGUUUGUUGACAAGGGGGUCAAUAGGCUAUGAUGGCAAUAUGCGUUCCUUUGUGUAAACCUAAGGCGAAUAUAUUAUGGCAUUGUUAGGCACUCCGUUUCUUCUUCUUCUAUUCGGUACGUAGGUCAUUCUCUAAGCCUAAGCCGAAGGACGCCAACAUGAAGUCUUUACUGACUUUGACAUCGAUCGUUAGCCUUCUGAGCCAAAUUGCACUUGGCGCGCCCAGGUUUAUAACGCGGCAGAACUCGACCCACUGGUCUACGCAAGAAUGGGACGCGAUUGUUGUCGGUGCCGGAACUGCCGGAAUCAUUGUCGCAGAUCGAUUGAGUGAGGCUGGGAAGAAGACUCUUCUAUUGGAACUCGGUGGCGCUUCGUAUGGGAUCACAGGAGACACUGAGAAGCCUGCAUGGCUUGACGGAACGGACUUGAGCCGAGUCGAUGUUCCUGGUCUAUACAAGAGCAUCUUCAGUGGAGGUACAGACAUACUAUGCCCGGCGGGCGUUGUGAAUUCUUUUCAAGCAUGCGCUAUCGGUGGAAACAGCGCGAUCAACGCUGGCUUGUACUUCCAACCUCCGGCUUCUGAUUGGGACGAUUGGCAUCCGGAGGGGUGGAAAAGCGCCGAUGUCCAGAAUGCUACACAGCGUCUUCUAGAUAUGCAAGCCUCCGUUACUAGUUACUCUGAAGACGACAAGUUUUACAUGCAGAGUGGUUACGAAGCGGCUAAAAAGUGGCUUGUUGAUAGCGCCAAUUUCACCGAGGUAUCAUUCAAUGAGACCCCAGACAAUAAGGAUAGGGUAUUCGGACGACCGGUCUACAACUAUAUCGGGGGCCAACGAGGUGGUCCAACCAAGACCUACUUACAAGACGCCCUGAAGAGAGAUAAUUUCCACCUCCAGACCGGUGUCCAUGUUAGACAUAUCAACCAUGUCGGUGGCGUGGCUUCUGGCGUUACCGCCACGGUGGACGGCUCGGAUAUAGAAAUCUCACUCUCCAAGAGCGGUCGAGUUGUCUUAAGUGCCGGCGCUAUUGGCUCCCCCGGUCUUCUAAUGCAUUCUGGCAUUGGCCCUCUUGACACACUUUUCAACAUGUCCGCGGCUGGAGUGAUGCCAUUCAACUCCACGAGCUGGGUUUUCAAUCCAUCGGUUGGCGAGGGGCUCUUCGAUAACCCGAAUACAUUUAUCGAACUAUCCGGGCCGACAAUUGAGUCAUACGUCCACAACUAUAACAACCCCAUCCCUGCAGAUAGAGAUCUUUACCUAUCUUCUCGCAGCGGACCGUAUGCUGGCGCAUCUCAGACCUCCGCCUUCUGGGCUUACCUGCCUAACCCCGAUGGCACCAAAACUGGUCUUCAGGGUACGAUCGAUUCGUCGGGGUUCGGAGAAUUCACGAAAAACAAUACCAUCACGCUCAACAUCUAUGGUACCUCCGGCCUUGGCUCUGCGGGAAGCGUCAUCCUCUCCGACGACGGGAAGUUCACGCCGGGCCCCAGCUCCGAUGUCUAUUACAGCGACCCUCGCGAUGGGCUGAACAUCGCGACGUUCAUCCACUCCAUCUUCCAAGCCUUACCUCCUUCGACGCCCGAUUCUCCAGCAGCCGACGGCCUAACCCCGUUGAACAUCCCUCAGAAUUCGACAGUGGAGGAAAUCCGCAAGUACAUCACGACGUAUUCCACCUACGCCGUCGGCUCGGUCCAACAUUGGUCUAGCUCUUGCCGGAUAGGGAAGUGCGUGGAUGCCGACACGAAGGUCAUUGGGGCGGAGAACAUCCACGUCAUCGAUGCUUCUAUCCUGUCGCCAUUGACCGUAAACCCGCAGUUCGGCGUGAUGGUCGCGGGCGAGAAGGGCGCGGAGAGGAUACUGGAAACUUGGUAAUGAUAUUAUGUGAAUAUGUAGAUAGAUAUUUGGCUUGCUCUAGAUGGCGUUGAUCAUAUACCACGCGGGAAGAUAAUACUAUAAUGAUAAUAUGAAUACCGAAUCAGGUCCAUAUAUACUGGGCAAGCAAGUUGACUCUGAGCUUCUUCAAGCGUUGCCUUUACGUGUCUGUGUAUGAAGUUAGUAGGUAGCCAACCUGACUUUUGAAUGCGGCUAAAAAGGUAUCCCGAGCCUGAUCCACUGAAUAAGGUAAAGUGCAUUCAAGAUUC